UGCGAUGACUUUCAUUCGCAACGACAAUUUAAAACUUUUACACGUCACAAAAAAACUAUCCCACGACUUGAAAAGCAUUUUAUGAAGUCUCGUCUCUUAACUAUAAAUGAAGGAUGAGAACAACCCAUUUCUCAUUCUUAUUCGUGCAGUUGCCUCACAAGCUGGCUCAAUCGAAAUUCGAGGUUCCGUCGCUGCGAUCUACAACUGAAGCUUGCCUGUGCUACUAUCUCCAACAUGAAGCUCAUUCUCCUCGCUCUCCUCGGCCUUGCUGCUGUCAACACGGCCGUCUCAACGGACUCUUAUAGUUGCGCUGGCUCCUCACUGUGCAAAAACCUUGCACAGAGCGACUGCGAUGCUGCGAGACGUGCGAUCGUGCCCGGAAAUCGCUACUUCACUGGAGGAAGUGCUACAUCGACAGGCGUUUGCUCUGGCCACUGCGGCCUGUUUGUGAGCGGGGAUCUCUGCGAUUUGACUGGAGAUGAGAUGAUCACUGCGUUCGAUGAGCUGAGAAGCCGAAAUUGCCAGAAAUGUGGGAUCAAGACGUACGAUGAUGGUUGCCAAUUCAAGGCGGAUUAUGUUACUGGGUGUACAUAGGAACCGGUUAUGUCAUCUUGUUGAUCGGGCCCUGGUCGAAAGUUAACCAGAUAAGAUGCAAGUAUGUGGUCACCACUCACUAUAUACGAAAACAAGUGUAGCAGAGCCAUUAAGCUCACUGCUUGUAUUUAGACUAUGAGUGAGAUUGUUGUCUUGACUACCACUUUUACAAUCUAUGGAGAUUGGGAACGGGCCCUUGUGUCCUGUAAGACUUUUCUUUUACCGAUUCCGUGUUCUGAACUUGUCACGGUCUCUACCAAAUUGUUG